AUGCCCCUUUUCAAUCUCCUCUUGAAGAACAAGAACAACCUUCUCUUGCUUUUCACAAUUUCUGCUCAUUUCUUCCAAGCUUCUGCAGGGUUUGGCAAUGUCGGAAGAAAAUUGUUCAUGGCCAACAUUCCCAGCUCAGCAAAUCCUCCAUCUCCGCCAUCGCAAACAACGCCACUCAGGCCGAGCAUAGCGAUAAUUGUAGGCGUUUUAACCAUCAUCUUAUCCAUCAUCUUUCUAUUACUUCUAUAUUGCAAGCAUUGCAAAACAGGAGCCAAUGGCUUCUCCGGCAGGCUCCCUCCGUCUUCGUCCUCUAGAAAAAACUCCGGCGUCGAUCGAACCGUCAUCGAAUCGCUUCCGAUGUUCCGGUUCGGAUCGCUGAGAGGCGACAAGGAUGGGCUCGAAUGCGCGGUUUGCUUGAACCGGUUCGAGCCGACGGAGGUGCUGAAAUUGUUGCCCAAAUGCAAGCACGCUUUCCAUGUCGAAUGCGUCGAUACUUGGCUCGACGGCCAUUCCACUUGUCCUCUCUGCCGAUACCGAGUCGAUCCAGAAGACAUCCUCCUCGUCGGCGAAGAUUCUGGAAUUCUAGGGCAAAAAAACGAGCCCUUACCACCGCCGCAAGGAUCUGAUGAAAUUCAGAGAUCGGAAAGUUUACGGCGAGUUUCCGGGAGGCACUCAUCGGCGGAGGAUCGACAAACCGGCGCGAAAUCGGAAAACCACCACCACCACGACGGCGGCGGCGACGCGGCGGCGGAGAGGAGAUCGUUGGAUAGCUUGGACAAUAGAAAGAAGAAAAAUGAGAAUAAGAAUAGAUGUGAGAUCGUUUCAGUCGGGUGCUUUGAGAAUCAUCAGCCUCGGAGAGACGAGAUCUUGUUAGCGGAGCCGGAGGAGGAGGAGGAGGAUCAGCGGCACCGGUUGGAGCACCGGAUCAUAAUUUCGAACGCCGUAGACGGCGGAGGAGAAGGAGGCGGAUUGAAUCAUAGAUGGAGCGAUGCUCAGGCGUCGGAGAUGCUGUAUCUGCGGACGGAGAUGAUAAUGAGCGACAGUCGGCGGUUUUUGGGACCGUCACGGGGGCGACAGGCGGAGCUGGUGGCUGGGGUGAGUGGCGGAAGCGUAAUAAAGGGGAGGAGUGUGUCGGAAAUCACUGGGUUUAGAAGGUUUGGGAACUCGAGGAGGACGAGGAGUUAUCGCCACCAACAACCACCACAAUGCCACCACCAGUGGCAGUGGCGGUGGCAGCGGGGGAGAGAGAGAGAGGAAGAAGAGGAAGAAAGACAUGAAGGAGUUGUUUCGAGAUGGUUGGCUUGGAUUUCUCAUCAUUCCCAUUCCCAUUCCCAUUCCCAUUCCCAUUCUCAAUCACAAACACAGCAGACACUGCCGGCUGUACGGUCCGGAUCAACUGCUUCAUCAUUAGCAUAG